AUGGCGCAAGUGAUCAAACAGCGAGUCCCGGAAGCGUGCAACCUGCGAGUGGAGGCAGUUACAGGACACUUCAUGCGUCGGUCAGGUAUCAAACUGCUGGCUCGACAGGGCGUGCCGUUAGAUUUAAUCCAAUGGUGGUCACGGCAUUCUUCUUCAGCGGUUCUCGCCUACGUGGAAGAAGCCAUGGAGGAGUGCCCGCAAGGCCCAGCCAAGCUCCAGAACUUCGUUUGCUUGCAGGAUCAGGUUGCAGCAGCACUGGCCGAGGAUUUUAAUCUCAUGAGUCUGAGACAAGACACCGGAUUGGUGGCUAGACUAA